GUCAAGCGCUCAAAAUGCUUUAGGCUACCGUCAUGGUAGAUAGUCAUCGUCCCAGUGCUAGCCAAAUAGAAGAGCCACGACCAAGGCCAAGAUGGGGAAGCUUGGCGAAUGAAAGAGUGUUGGUCGACCUGAUUGACAGGGAUGUACAUCCGACAUUGCUAACGUUGAAUCCCGUCAAUUCCAACAUAUAUGCAAGACGUCAUUCAGCCCAUACCUGUCCCAUUACCGAGGAAAAGCAUGCUACCACGGCGCCAUCUGCACCUGUCCCUCCUCCAAUCCCUCUACGUCCACCCGCUGUCCCCAAAAGAAACAUCGUUCCUCCCCCAAUAAGCAACACAGCCCCCAAACCUCUCGUGAAACAACAAACGCCGCCUCCCCUGCCACCCACCCCCAAGUCCAGAGUGCUGCCGCACAUCCCAGGCUUCGACACGAAACCGAAGCCGCCCAUAAGAAACCAGAUAUCGGUCGAGGCGAACAUCAAUCAGCACUUCAAGAAGUAUGACGUGAACAGAAACUCGUCGCCCAAGCAGCAAAGCAACAAGGCUUCGGUCGCGUUCUCGUUCGAGGCGAGCGCCAAUGCGAAUCAGGAUUUCGCGAAGAUGCCUCCGCAACCUUGCGGCCCGCCACCGCCCGCACCGAAGUCCCACAAUCCUCAACGAUCUCAGAUGCCGGCCAGCACCAAAGUCCCUCCACCGACGCCGGGCCGGGUGUCAGUACGUCAGGAUUCGAGUGUGUCGAGUGACAGCUUCAGCCAAACCAGCUCGCCCAGUUACACCACCAAAACCAUGGAGACUCCGCUGCUCCCUCCGAAGACGCCGGUCAAACAUCACAACGGGCUGCUGUCGAAGGUCAGCAAGGAGGUGGAGGAGGACCUCAACGGGAAUAAUUCGGCUUUGACUAAAAGUGCUUCGACGCCGGCCAGUUUACAGGCUGUGGUCAAGUUUCACAAUGGGUCUAACAUGUCCUUGCAUCACAGGAUUAUUAGAGACUUGCGAAGACCAUCCAGCGUGUACGGACGUCGAUUAAGGUUUCGACUUGCUCAAGUUAUUUUAAACGCGAUAGCACUCUUCGCUAUCGGAGCGGGGAUGGCCGCCUAUUUUAAAGCCUACCCCACGAACGUAACAAUAGUGAACACAACGGUCAUCAACGUCACUACGCCCCCGAUGCGAAUUGAACGGUAUAACGUGAACCCGGCGCCGGGCAUAUGUCUGCCGGUGAUCGUGAACUUCUGCCAGGAUCACAAAGUUCCGUACAACUUCACCGUAUACCCGAACUACAUGGGACAUUUCGGACAGCGGGACGCACAGCAGGAAUUGGAGUCGUACGACGCCGUUGUCGAUGUCAGAUGCUACGAAUUGGCCGCCCUGUUCCUCUGCUCCCUGUUCGUCCCGAAGUGCGGACCCUCCGGCGUGGUAGUCCGUCCUUGCAGGAGCCUGUGCGAAGAGACGAAGAAGCGUUGCGGCUUUUUCCUGGACGUUUUCGGGCUGUCCCUUCCCGAUUAUCUGGACUGCGAGCUGUUUCCUGAGUCGAGCGACCCCAACGAGUGUGUGGGACACGAGGAGGUGCAGGCUGAAAAACUGAAAGCCCUCACACCUGUAUGCCCAACUGGUUUUCAAUGCGACUCGAAACGUUGUAUCCCGAAAGACUGGCAAUGCGACGGCUACGUGGACUGUAAAGAUCAAUCAGACGAACUUAACUGUAACAAAUGCGGCACGGGUAUGAUACACUGUGGGGCUAAUAAAUGCAUAACGCAGGAACACAUGUGCGACGGAAAAGUCGAUUGUCCGUGGGGCCAGGACGAACGCAACUGUUUGCGCUUAAGUGAAAGAAAUGGCGACGAAGGUAAGGGACAAUUGGAAGUAUAUCGACCAGAUCAAGAGAAAUGGGUACCAGCAUGCGUGGCACACUGGGAUGAGAAAUCGGCUAAGGAUAUAUGCUCCCGCCUUGGAUACUCCCACGCAAAUACAAGCAGCCUGCUGAACGGCAGGGAUAUCUCGUCCCCGCCCAUCCACGAGACCACGACACUCUGGAGGAUGAACCAGAACAAACCUCCAAAAAAUCUGAUUAGGGAGCUGGGCUCGUGCAACGGGACUACUUAUCCAACUGUUAAACUUUCUUGCAUCAACUAUGUCUGCGGGAAAGUUCGCAAAAGUUACUCGGAAAAGAAACGAACGGUCCGCAUAGUUGGCGGCGUUGCAUCCAAGCCGGGAGACUGGCCGUUCCUCGCUGCCCUUCUCGGUGGUCCCGAGGAGAUAUUCUACUGUGCCGGAGUAUUGAUCGCCGAUCAGUGGGUACUCACCGCAUCGCACUGUGUCGGAAACCAUUCUGACGUGUCCGGUUGGAAGAUACAGCUGGGAAUAACCAGAAGGCAUUCGCAUGCGUUUUACGGGCAGAAGAUGAGGGUGAAGAGGGUGGUACCGCAUCCCAUGUACAACCUGGGAGUCGCACACGACAAUGACAUAGCUCUGUUUCAGCUAUCUUCGAGGGUGUCUUUCCACGAGCUCCUAUUGCCUGUUUGUCUUCCACCAGCGCAUAAACAACUCCAUCCCGGUACUGUGUGCACGGUAAUAGGAUGGGGCAAGAAGGAGGACACCGGAGUGUCAGAGUACGAGCCAGAAAUCAACGAAGUCGAGGUGCCGAUUUUAAAUCGGGAUUUAUGCAACGCCUGGCUCAGGGAGUUGAACGUAACCGAUGGCAUGAUAUGUGCCGGGUACAAAGAGGGUGGGAAAGAUGCAUGUCAGGGUGAUUCCGGAGGUCCUCUAUUGUGCCGGGACAAAUCUGAUUCAGAUCGAUGGUUUGUUGGGGGCAUAGUGAGUUGGGGCAUUAAAUGUGCCCAUCCCCAUUUGCCCGGCGUUUACGCCUACGUCCCAAAAUACAUUCCCUGGAUCCACCAGCAAAUGAAGAUAUAUGACUAAAUCUUUUUAGAAGACAAUAACUUAAUCAAUUAUGUGACAAUAAGUUAGGUCGUGCAUUUUUUGUUUUACCAAUACCCAACAUGCAUUUUUUGGGUACUGAAACAAGAAAUGGACGAGGCAUAAAAAAAAAGAAUGAAUGGUACAAAUUAUACAAGGUAAAUCUGGUUUUCUAAGUCUUUUACAUGAAAAGAUUAGAAGUGUUAGUAGGACACGUAUCAUUUUUGUGUUGUUUGUGUAGCAGACAUGUUCUGCCACAACUCAGCUACGCACAACCAGCCCAAAUUCGACUUAACAAAAUCGCACGACUCAACUAAAGCAAAGGGUGUGAACUGAUGCGACUUGUUUCGUCGAAUUUGUAGUUCUGCAUAGUAGAAAAACUAACAAAAAAUGGUCAUCAGUAAAACCUUGUGAUGUUCAAAAUUACUAAAAAUGCUUUGCCAUUUUUGCUGAGAGUAGAACUGAACCUGGAGAUGCAAUGUCCUUGCAAUUAGAUUAAGCUGUUUUUGUCAGGUUUUCCACUGUGUGCUGGAAAAAUUAGAUUGAUCCUAUAUAGUGAUAUAUCGUGACAAUUCACAUAGUGUUCGAGCGGACCGCUGUUAUAUGUGAUCUGUUUAUACAACAAUGAUAAAUUUUCUAGAUUUUUUAUAUAUUUAAUGAUUACAUACCCAUUAUCGUGUUUAAUAUACAUAUCUACAAUAAAUGUUACAGAUACACUUAUAAAGUUAUAAGUCGUGUAAUAAAACGUUCAAUUUCCCACAUACAGUACUAAGUUUGAUUAGACCCAAAACACGUCAAUUUAUGGACUCAUUAAUUGAUGAAAAGUAAUAACAUUAGUCAGUUACUAUGUGGUUAAAAAAAGGGGUGUGAUUAUUGUAAAACUUUUAACAUUCUGGAAAACCUAAACAAACUAAUAAAAGCGUCGGUGUGUACGAAAGAACAAACGCAAUUCACUUAUUUAAAUUCUGCAUACACCUCUGUUUCGUUCACCCCACGUUUGGUUUCGAGUUAACUAUUUAUCCCAACUUUAAAUUGG